AUGUUGAGAUUGACAUGGCUGAUCGCCCAGGAACGUUCCACUGAGAUCCUGAAGUUUGCAAAGGCGUCUUGCCAGGAUGACAUCGAGGACGGGCGGUCGGACUUCCAGUGCCCAGAAGCAGAAGUACAACGUGUCUUCAAGGAGCACCAUUUCUAUUAUCCUGAUUUCUACAAAGAUGACCCACGAGUGUGGAAUGCGAUUUUCGACAAGAUUGCUACCGAUUUUGGACACAUGGAAGAACAUGGCAUAGAGCUGGAUGGUCAGGGUGUGGUGACACAGGCUGAGGAAGCUAUGAGAUCUUCACAUGUGGAAAGGAUCGCUGUGCCUUGGAUUCGAGAAGGCUCACUAACUCGAAAACUUUUUCACGAUGCUGCUCUUAACGGCAAGGCCCGUUUCCACAAGUAUGACUUGUGGCACUGCUUUCACUUGGGUGCAGGGAAGCAUUUUCUAGGUUCAGGGCUCAUGCUCCUACAAAGUCUGGUCCCAGCACCCAACAUCGACCAGCGGUUUGCAAUCAUUAGUGCUGCUUAUGCGGAAUUUUGCCGUAGCAAUGGCAUGACACGCAUCAUUGGGAAAAUCGAUCAGUAUCUAUGUGGAUUUACCCUACCCGAGCCACAGGGAACAUGGAACAAGGCGGCGGUUACAAGCAACAUUUGCCUAUUUGUGGAAGACUAUCUUUCCUGUCACCAGGAGAUGACCAGAGGUCAUCAACGGCUUCAACAUUUUGUCACUUUGUUUGAUCAAGCUCUACACAGAUGUGAUUUUUUAAUUUGA